ACAAUAUUUCGGAAUCGAUUUGUCAAUAAAAUUGGAGAGCACUGGCCAAGCACAUUUCAGUGGAGCUUGGACCGAGUGUGCCGCCGAACGUAUGAGUAAUAUUUAAGGUGCAUCAGUCGCAAGGAAAACGCGUCCGAGUCGCUGCCAAGUCGCGCGCAAUUCGAUUGUCCUAGUCGGUGGUUGAAAGUGUCAGUGAAGUGAAGUCGACGAGGAACCGCAGUUAAGCCGCCGUUAAAGUAACUAAUAAAACCCUUCGGAAUUAAUUAGUUUUUAAAUUAAAAGUUUAUAUAUCGCUUGUGAAGAGUCGAAAAGAAGAACGCGUUCAAAAUGUCCAUGGAUCCAUCGGUUUCCCUAGAGGAUCUGGAGCGUCGACGACGUCGCACCAGUUCCGCCCGCAAGCAGUCACAGACUCCGCAACCACCAUCGCACCUGGCGGAUUCGGAGGCCAUGGCCGUGAUCAACGAGAUUUUCAAUCCCACGCUGAAGCUGCCGGAGUCCAGUGGCCACUACACGUUGCCCGAGGAGAUGAGUGCCGAUGACCAUGUGGCGCCCCAUGAACUGGACAUUGCCAAGCUGGCCGAGCUGAAAGAAGUCUUCUCCCUCUUCGAUACGGACUGCGAUGGACUGAUCUCCAAGGAGGAUCUGCGGUUCACCUACACGGCCCUGGGUAACGAGCCCAACGAGCAGCUGAUGGAGCAGAUGAUGCAGGAGGCCAAGGAACCGCUCGACUACGAGGCAUUUGUCCGGCUGAUGAGCCGACGCACCCAGGAGCUGGAUCCCGAGGAUGUGCUGCUCGAGGCAUGGAGCAAGUGGGAUGACCACGGCACGGGCAAGAUCGAGGAACGCAAAAUCUAUGAAGAGCUGAUCAACUACGGCGACAAAAUGACCCUAAACGAGGCCAAGGAGGCCCUCAGCCAUGCGCCGAUGGCCAAACCCAAGUCCUUGGAGGAGCCGCCCAUGAUCGAUUAUCCGGCCUUCUGUCGCAUGCUCAGCGGAAUGCGCAAGCGAAAAGGGGAAUAGCUCAUGUGAAGAUCGCCAAAUUUGUUGAAUUUCAAUAUAUUUUUCAUUAAUUUAUAAAACCGAUUACUAUAAUUUAACGAUUGGCCAAUAAACUAUCUUUUCUG